AUGGUUUUAGAUGAUUUUGAUUUGAAUACAGAAGGUUUGAAUGAAAAAACAUCCUUAAGCACAAGCCAGAAUCCCAGCUCAAUAAACGGAUUGAACAAAGAAUCGGUCCUUGCCAAAUAUGAAGAAACCAACCAAGGCGACGAAAUAGAAGGGUUUGAAAACUUGAAUGAUUUAUCAUUUUCAAAAUAUUCCAAGUUUUCCAAAGCCUCAAUUAUAGUUAGAAAUGACUCAAAAUCCAAAACUUCAACGCUAGACUCGCCGUUUGCAAAGAAACUAAAGGAAGAUUUAAAUGUCGAGUUUACCAGCGACAGUGCUAAGCCAUAUUAUCCCACUGUGUAUCCAAUAUAUGAAUUUGAAAACAACGAUGAAAACAGUGAUUCACCAUUCAUAGAUUAUCAAAAAGAAAAAGGAAAUAUUGCCCAGAAACUUAGUGGUCAGAAACUCCGCAAUCAACAACAACAACAACAACAACAAUCAAAAAUUGGAGAAAACUUCAAGCAGAACAAUCAAUAUACCAGGUUGCAAUCCACACCUAAACAUCAGCGAACUUCUUCGGUUAAAGUAUCCUUGACUCCAGCUCAAAAGUUUGAAAAAAGAACUAGUACGCGUCUGCACAAUGCAUUAGAUAAUUUUGAAUUGACUACAUUAGUAGGGAAUGGUGCCUUUGCAAGUGUCUAUAGAGCAGUGAACCUCAAAACCAAUCAAGUCAUAGCAAUUAAACAGAUUCGAAUAGAGAAAGAUCAGGAUGUCGGCGUGUUAAUGGGGGAAAUUGACUUGUUAAAGAUAUUGAAACACCCUAAUAUAGUAAAGUACCACGGAUUUGUGAAAACAGCAACUUCAUUAAAUGUCCUACUUGAGUACUGCGAGGGAGGAUCGUUACGACAGUUGUACAAGAAGUUGAAGAAGGGCCUACCUGAGCAUCAGAUAAUCAAUUAUGUUCGACAGAUUUUGGAGGGACUAAAUUAUUUGCAUGAACAGGGGGUGGUUCACCGGGAUGUCAAGGCUGCCAAUGUACUACUAACAGAUAAAGGAGAUGUCAAGUUGGCCGAUUUUGGAGUUGCAACAAAAGUCACGUCUCAACAUCUAACGGUUGUUGGUACUCCCAAUUGGAUGGCCCCUGAGACCGUUCUUGGAGGAGAAGGUAUUUGUACCGCAUCUGACAUUUGGUCAUUAGGAGCAACUAUUAUUGAGUUGUUUACCACAAACCCACCAUACCACGAUCUCAAUCCAAUGGCAACAUUACACGCCAUUGGGACAGAUGAACAUCCACCAUUACCAAAAAACAUGUCUACUCUUGCAAAAGAUUUUUUGUUGGAAUGUUUUCAAAAACAAGCCAAUCUUAGAAUAAGUGCAAAAUUACUUUUGAAACACAAAUGGCUAAAUCAAACUGCAACAACAAAGACUUCGAUGGCCACCUUGUUAAGACAACCUAGCAGAGAAUUGAAGUCAAUCAAAAUCUAUUCUGAAUCAAAUGAUGAAAAUUGGGAUGAAGAUUUUGAGGAAAUAAAAGUAUCCAACCUUCAAAACUCGACAUCAUCUAUAAUAGAAUUGAAACCAGAUAAUACAGAAAAACAAUUUAGACUUACAAAGUAUUCCAAAAAGGAUUUAUUAACUUUAUUUGCUGACAAUAAAGAGGACACCCUGAACAAUUUUGAAUUUGAGACUAUUGGCCCAAAUAAGCUAGCAGUAGUUGCAGAUAGUAUGGAUGAAUCUGACCCCUUUUUGAAUAUCGACAUUGAGAAUUUUGAUACAAAUGAAUUAGAAGUACAGAGCAAAAUGGAAUAUUUGGUAUUACGGUUAAGCCGCAAGUUAGAGCAAGUUCAUCUAGGCUACGAAGAUGCAGUGCCGGCAUUGAUCAAAGUUACUGGAAGAAUGCUACAUCUUGUAAAGAAAUAUCUGGUACUGCAUGAUACUUUGAUUCGAGACCACGGCGUUUUGUCAUUGCUAGAGCUCCUAGAGAGUUUUCAAGAUAUUCCAAGUCAACAGCAAUUGUGGUAUCAUUGUCUUUCUAUAUUGAAUCAUGUUUUUGAAAGCAAUUUAGGUACACUUGAAAAUUUUUGUUUUUUAGGAGGAAUUCCCACGGUAGCACAUUUCCGAAGUGCAACUUAUGAAGUACAAGUACGGUUACAGGUUGCUAAGUUUAUUGGCAUUUUGAAUUUAUCAGAAAAGGCUUUGUCGAUGUUUGUUUCUUGCGGAGGGCUUCGUUUGGUGAGUAAAUUUGUGGAAGAAGAUUUUGAUACCACCCCUACAUUCCCAUUGAUUGCAAUAGAGUCAAUUCACAACAUAUUAGCCAAAGAUUUGAGCAGAUCAAAAUCUGAUUUGUGUCGUAUCUUAUCAAAGCACGGCGUGAUUUUUUGGUUAGUGGUUUUGUUGAACAGAUUGGUCAAGUAUGAUCAAAAACCACCAAUAAAAAACGUGUCCAAAGAACAAGUUCAAAUAACAAUAGAGCGAAUUAUAGACAUCAUUAGAUACUUUAGUCAAUCUGAGACGAAAGUUAGAAUUUCCAUUGGAUCGAUAGACUUGUUCAAAUUGAUAUUCAAAUUGUUUGACAAUUUGAAAUUGUCUCACCAAUUGACGUUGCUCAAGUUUGUAAAAUCCAUGUCUUGCAUAUCAGAAGUUUUGAAGAAUUUAUAUCACGCUGAAAUUUUGGAGUUUUUGGUCAAGUUGUUGAAAAGCUAUGUCCCCUCUAAAGGUAAUUACAAAGAGAUUAUUAAUGUUCUAGCUCCAAUAUUGUACAAUAGUCUUGCCUUGAACCAUAGAAGGGAGUCGGAGUUUGUCAACUUAGGAGGAUUACCUUAUUUAAAGACUUUGUCUAUAAUUAACUUACCAUUCAGACAAUUCAUUUUGCCAAUAAUAUGUGAAUUUGUACAUUGUGAUGCUAGUGUCGUAAAUGAGUUGAAAAAGAAUGACAUAGCCAAAAUAUAUUACAACUUGUUGUUGGAUCCUUACUGGCAAUCAAAUGCUUUGGACUCGCUACAUUGUUGGUACAAGUUAGAACCAUCUUACAUUGAUUUGAAUUCUCCUAUGGCAGCUGACUGUUUGGUUGGAGGGUUUUUGCUUCCUAAGGUUUCGAAUUUGGAGAGUACUUUGGAAAUAUAUUUCAAGUUAUUGACAAAUAAUUUUGCGUUGACAAAUUAUAUGCUGAAUAUGAAUGUUAUAAACAGCAUACUAAUCAAAUUGUCACUUCAUGACAAAAAGAAUCCAGUUAUUCAACUUCUGUAUUUGAAAGUUUUGAAGUGCUUGAUAAUAUAUUUGGUUGAUUCUAAGAGUUCGUUACCAUUUUCAAAACCCGUGGUAAAUACAUUACAAUCAUUAAAGCUGAGACAGAGUUCAUUGUUGAUUGAAGAAGUCACUACAGAACUUUUGCUGAUGCUAAAAUAG